AUGGCUCCGCGCCCAAAAACCACCGACUUAAGACUCGGCUUCUUUGAGAAGCUGGGUCUGCUGCCCAUCUUCGCAGCCGUCCUGGGAAAGACUUUCUGGACAGCCCUGACGGCCAAGUUCACGUCAAAAAAUAAACGGCCUUCCUCGUUCGCGCGGAUGCUGGGGUACGCGGCCCUGCGCACACUCACAUCGCAUAACACCUCAAGAACAGAACAAGCCCUCGCCCCAGGAACAGACGACGCCUACCUCGCAUACUGCAAGCGCUUCAACGUCCAGCCCGUCACCGAAACCCUCAAAGACGGCACCUGCGCAUACUGGGUCGGCUCCAAGGGCGCCGAAAAAGUAUUGAUAUACUUUCACGGCGGCGGCUACUCCAUCCCCGCCGACCCCGCGCACUUCACCCUCCUCCACUCGCUCACGACCGACCUCGGCCCGAGCGUGCCCGGCGGCCUCGCCGCCCUCGUCCUCCACUACGACGUCGCCCCCUUCGCGGCGUACCCGCGGCAGCUCGGCCAGGCCGCGCGGCUGCUCAACUACGUCCUGCGCGCGCUGCGCGUGCCGCCGCGCAACGUCAUCCUCGGCGGCGACUCCGCCGGCGGCAACCUCGCCCUCGCGCUGCUGAGCCACGUGCUGCACCCGCAUCCGGAGGCGGCGGCGGUGCCGCGCGUGGAAUUGCGGGAUUUCUCGACGUCGGGGGAAGGCGAGACGACCGGCCGGGCGGACAGCGUCGUUGCGGGGGCGAGCGGCGGCGGAGUAGGAGGAGGAAGAGGAGAAGGACAGGAGGACCCGGCUCAUGGGGCGGCAUCGAGCGGGCCGGCCGACGACGCGGACGCGGACGCGGACGACAACCGGCUCCUCGCCGCGGUGCUCAUCUCGCCGUGGGUCUCGUUCGACACGACGACGGCCUCGUUCGCGACCAACCGCACGCGCGACCCCAUCACGCCGGCCGGCCUCGCGCGCUGGUCGACCCUCUUCCUCGGCGGCCGCCCCACGGACCCUUACAACGAGCCCGUCGACGUGCCCGCGGGCUGGUGGAAGGGGCUCGGCGGCAGGGUCGUGCGCGACGUGCUGUUCGUCGCGGGCGAGUACGAGGUCUUGCUCGACGGCAUCUUGAACUGCGCGGAGAGCGUGAGGAACGAGUGGAGGAGCGCGGAUGGAGGCGAGGUCGCGUGCGUGCUGGCUGAGGGGGCCGGCCAUGUCAGUUGUUGGUUGGAUACAAUGUGGGGGUUUGGGAAGGAGGAUUUGAAAAUGUACACGGAGACGAGGGAGUGGUUGAGGGGGAGGGUUUGA